AUGUCGCCCCCUGGAGGAGUGGAGAUGCGUGCAGACGUCCCGGUGUACGACCUCUCUCUGAUCAGGGGCCUCUGGGAGGUCCGGGUGAAGAAAUACCGCCACAAACAGAAGAAGGAGCAGGAGAGGAUCGAGAAGAGCGCUCUGGCCAGGAUUGACCAGCAGUGGCAGUAUCGGAUCCACUGCAAGGCACUGAAGAGCAGUGAAGUGAAUCUGCUGCAUCAUUACCUGCAGAGAUCCACACUGCCCGACAUCCAGCUGCACACAGGUAACACCACUCACCUGACCCGCCCCACACAGCUGCCGGAGGAGCAGAGCCGGCUCAUCUUCCAGCUGGACGGAGACAAAUGGAUGGACUUCCCUAAGGAGCUGCAGUGGAUGACCUACAUGAGGGAGUGGCACGUCAGAGGCACGAGGAUCUGCCGGCUGCCCGAGUAUCUGCCUCUGUUCAGCGAGCUGACGGUGCUGGAGCUGCCCAAGAACGCCCUCGGCGAGCUGCCGGCCGAGAUAGGGAAGCUGUCCAGUUUAAAGGAGUUGAAUGUCAGCUAUAAUCGUCUGUCCAGAGUUCCUCCAGAACUCGGCGACUGUGAGAACCUGGAGAGACUCGAACUCACCGGCAACAGAAACCUGAGCGAGCUGCCGUUUGAGCUGAGCGGCCUGAAGAAACUGGUUCACCUGGACAUCGCGGAGAACCGGUUCGCCUCGAUCCCGAUCUGCACCCUGAGGAUGAGCAGCCUGCAGCUUCUGGACAUGAGCAACAACCAGCUGACUGACCUGCCCGAGGACAUGGACAGGCUGGAGCAGCUGGUCUCUCUGUUCAUCCAUAAGAACAAGCUGUCCUACCUGCCUCACUGCCUCACCCGCAUCUCCACGCUCAAGAUGAUCGUCGUCAGCGGCGACGAGCUCAACAGCAUCCCGACCAAACUGUGCAGCAACCCGGACAUCAAGUUUAUUCGUCUGUAUGACAACCCAGCGAGGAAGAAAGAGGAGGAGGAGAAGAAGAAGAAGAAGACGAAAGAGAAGCAGAGGAAGACGUGGAGGGGGGAGGAGGAGGAGGUGAAGGACAGCCGCGAUAAAGAGUUCAUGCAGGCGUACAUCGACUGUCUGAAGGAGCGUGACAGCGUCCCCUACUCCACCACCAAGGUGUCCAUCUCCUGCCUGCUGUGAGGACGAGGAGGACGCCGACGAAGAGCGGUCUGCCGCCGAGCGCGGGCUGCAGGAUCACGUAACACUGCUGCACCUUUCAGAGCAGCA